AUGGGUAGCGAGGCCGAAAAAGGAAAAUACGCGAGCCCGGAGGGAAACAGAACUUGGGAAUACUUGGCUACCUUCGCCUGUUCUAUUCUAAUGUUCUGCAUUGGUUCGUCGAUGGGUUGGAAUUCGCCAGCAAGCGUCAAGCUGACGGAGCCACCACUGGAGCUGACAUCCGUUCAAGUAUCCACCUUAAUGUCCAUCAUAGCCAUUGGCCAAACACUUGCACCGCCUUUGAAUUCUGUUAUCGUCGAUCGCAUAGGCAGGAAGAAUACUAUCCUCAUCACCGGUCUGCCAAUGAUCGUUAGCUGGACCCUUAUGAUUACCGCUCAAAAUAUCUGGGUGCUGUACGUGGCCCGUUUUGCCGCGGGACUCUCACAGGGGAUUGGCUACUGCGUGUGCGGCAUCUACGUGGGCGAAGUGGCUUCGCACUCGAGUCGCGGCAUGGCGAACGUGCUGGUGACAAUAAUGUUCAACUUGGGAAUGCUGAUGGGCUUCGCCGUGGGUACACCGCUGAGCAUCCGCCAGACCGCCUGCUUGAACUUGGCGCUGGUGAGUCUGUUCGAGCUGGUGUUCUGGUUCAUGCCCGAGUCGCCGUACUACCUGCUGAUGGCCAAGCAGCACGACGAGGCGGAGGCAGUGCUGGUCAAGCUUCAUGGCAAAUGCGAGGUGGGCGACGAGAUCGAGGCGAUCGAACGCUCACUCAAGAGCAGUCGCAAGUUAGCCGAGAGCCAGUCCAGAACGUCUGCGUGGACCCUGCUGAGCGGUCGCGCCACCGCCAGGGCCAUUCUCAUCGUGGGACUGUUCUCUUUCAGCCAUCAUUUUGGCGGUUAUACGGCCGUGAUCACUUACGGACAAAAAAUCUUCAAGGACUUGCAGGUCGCCGGCGUGUCGGAUCACUUGGCGAGCGUGAUUAAUGGCCUGGUGCAGCUGGUCUCGGUUGGCCUCACCACCUUCAUCGUCGACCGCUGGGGCCGCAAGCCUUUGAUCGCCAUGUCAGGAGUCUCGGCGGGACUCUGCAAUCUCGUGAUCGGUCUGUACUUUUACUUCAAGGAAUACACCACGCUGAACGUGUCGGGUUACUCGCUGUUGCCAAUGAUCGCCGUGUUCCUUGUGGUAUUUGCCUUCAACUGCGGUCUCCUCAUCGUUCAGACCAUUUUCAUUUCCGAGCUGUUCGCCCCGGAGGUGAAGGCACUUGGGGUAUGUCUCGUCAUCACGAAUGGCGGUCUCAUGUUCACUGCCAGCACCAAGCUCUAUCUGACGGUCGCCGAGACUUGGGGUUACGGUCACUCGCCGCCUUUCCUUGGCUUUAUGCUCGUUACUUGGACGGUUACCGCUGCCCUACUGAAAAUCACCCCUGAAACCAAGGGCAAGACGUUGCACGACAUACAGCAGGCUCUUAUGGAAUGAGCGAGAUGCAUAGGCAUAUCGAAAAAUAAUAAUAGCUAUGACUGCGCUGACGCGAGCCUGCUGCCUUAUCGCUCUCUUUUUAUUACACACACGAGCUUUUCCUCGUUAUUUGUAUGCCGAUAGCUAUUAAUAGCUGUUGUACACGCUAUUAACAGUUGCCUCUCUCUCUCUCUCUUUCUCUCUCUCUCUCUCUUCAUCUCUUUUCUUUGAGCGACAUAAUAUAUGCGUUCUGAUAGCG